GCAGCAGAGACAAACAAAACACACACAGCCAACCUGACAGUAACCUUCUCUCACAGCACUUACCCAACAAGCAGAUAGGCAGAGGAGCAGAAACUUACCAGACACACUCAUUCAUCCUCACACACUCGGUCAGCAGCAGCAGCAGCAGUAUGUUUCGGUGGAGGCUCCCCCAGGCAGUGUGUGUGCUGUCGGCGUGUAUGUGUCUGGUUCUUGCAUAUGAGGAUGAUAUUGAUGUCAACUACUCAGAAACCUACUUCAAUGAAAUCACAGGGGGAGACACGGGAGAACCCACACCAAGCCCAGCCCCCUGCAGUUCUCCAGACCUGACCAAAUGGGACAAAAUCUUCUCGAUGCUGGAGAACAGUCAGAUGAGGGAGAAUAUGCUGCUUCAGUAUGCAGAUGACAUCAUCAAGGUGGAGAUGGGGUCACUGCGCGGAGAAAUGCUCAGAUUUGUGGCCCAGUAUGGUGGCUCCUGUGGGGUUGCAGUGGAGACAGCGGGAAGAAGGAUGGCCUUUCAGCUUGAGAGCCGCCUCAGAGAAAGCCUCAAACUCAGAGAUCAGACUUCUCCUGCUGCUGGGAAUUCUGUUGGAAAUUCAGACCAUCUGGAGGCCAUGCUACAGCAGCUCCUCACAGCAGCACGAACACAAGCUUCCCGGUUCGCCAAGAUGGAGACCAGUUGCUUCGGCAGGCCAGGAGAUGGGAUGAAUUCAAAGACAGGAUCUGAGAUUCCAGACGUUGGAGGGGCUGGGCACCAGGAGCAAGAGGUGACAUCACAAGAUUUUAGAAGGGUUUUAGAAGAGGUGCUCACUGCGCUGCAACAGACGAGGGUGGAACUGGAGGAGGUGCUGAGGUCAUCGAGGCAAAGAUACCUACCCGCAGGUUGCGAGAUGGCACUUCUCUUCCCCAUGCGUUCCCGUCGAAUCUACACCUCAAUCACACCAGAUGUCCCUCUCUCCGUCUCCUCCUUCACUGUCUGCAUGUGGAUGAAGCCGACCACUGUCUCCAACAAAACCGUGCUGUUCUCAUAUGGAAACCGCCGCAAUCCAUAUGAGAUCCAGCUGCUGCUCGGCCAAACCUCUGCGCUCUUCACCAUCGGAGGGGAGGCUCACCUGGUGGAGGCAAAGGGUGUGGUGAGCCCCGGAGGCAUAUCAGAGUGGAUCCACUUGUGUGGGGCUUGGUCGUCUGAGCAGGGCCUGGCGUCCCUGUGGGUAGAUGGGAAAAAGCUGGCCUCCACACCCGGAGUGGCUGAGGGACAUGUUUUACCCGAUGGAGGCUCACUCCAGCUUGGACAGGAAAAGAACAGCUGCUGCCCUCAGUCUGACAGCAGCGGGGUGCCAGGGUUUGAAGAAGGGUUCGAUCCCAAGCUGGCGUUCGUGGGGAAGAUGACAGGAGUGAACAUGUGGGACAGGGUGCUGUCAGAGGAGGAGAUUUCCGAGCUGGCUUUGCGGGAUGGCCGGGGCUGUGAGCAGAGGGGGAACAUGGUGGCGUGGGGAGCAACGGAGAUGGUGCCACAUGGAGGUGCUCAGUUCAUCAACUAACAGAUUCCUACUGUUCUUAGUGGGAAUUAUCAUCAGCAUCAUCGUAAUGAGCUUUCAUGCUAAAACUGAGGAGAACAACUUACAACUACUUAUAUCAUCAUUGUCAUCUUUGUCCCUACAGUUAAUUUUUUAUUCUUUUAUUAUUAUCAAGAUGGUUAUUUUCUCCAUCGUCUCCAUUUCUAUUACCAUGAACGCUAAUGUUGCAAUGAACUUUACUGGACAUGUUUAAAAGAAAGAAAGCCAAUGCUGUGAGAGAUUGAAGUUUAUUUUUGUAACCUAACCUUUUGAACACACACACACACACACACACACACACACACACACACGAAGAAAGUACAUUCAGCUUAGACAACAAGCAGCUUUUACCAAAGACUUAAUUAGACUGCAAGAAAGACAAAGCAUCUAUUGUUAAAGUGAAGGGGUUCUGAGCUGGUGACAGCCACACACAGAGAGAAAUUAAGAGGUCACACACAAUUACAAGAGAUUAUUUUAAAACUGUAGAGUGAUGUAUGUUUUAGAGCAAUAAUUUCUCUUUCUAUCUAGAUUUGUACAGAAAUUACAAGUGCAGUUAACAUUAAUGUGAUUAAAAAUUUUGCUUUUCUACCUUUGUUGUCUGCAGUAGGUACAAUUGAUCAAAGUUGAAGAUUGUCACCAAUCCUCAUUACAACUGAAAGCAGGAGUACCAUACUAAUGUUUUAAUAAUGUGUUGUCAUGUAAUGUGCAAUACAACACAUGAUGUAUAUAAUACCCGUUCGAGAAAUCUGCUGUACUUGCUUUCAUUUCAAGCAUGGUCAACCAGUGACUAUGGAAAUAGCUUCAAACUAAAUGAUUUGUGGCAACUUAUUAUUUUAUUGCCACAAUUUUCUUGAAUUUGUGAAAGCAUUAAAAGCAUUUUUAGACGUUCUAUUUCCAUACUUGUGUGUUUACAUUGGUCAUUCAUGUUCUUAGUGUUUGUUUUUUGUCAGCCGUUCUCAUUUAAUUUUAGGGUAAUAAAUUGUGUCUUCUUUUUUGAUACUGAGUAAAGUAAUAAGAGUGAAACUAUUAUAUUUGUAAUGUGGGAUUGACAACGCUUUUUUUAUUUGAUAAAACAAACUGAGGACAAUGUUUACACAAACUAAUCUUUUUUUAGUUCUCUUGUAUUAUACUGUAAAUUGCUAUUGUUGUUCUUGUGAAAAGGUGAAACUGAAUGUAUUUUGUACAUAAAUAUAUUUUACAUAACAUGGCGGGCUGAAUGGAGAGUGAGGUAUGAAUAAACAUUUCACUUUACGGUA